GUGGGAGAGGCAGGCCGUAAAACGUCAGCUGCCAGCAUGCCCAUGUUGUUGAAGCCCUCUGACCUUGACCCUAGUCUCGCCAAACCAAAGUCGACCGCGUCCCGGCCAGCGAGAGCAUCCUCCCCCGCGCCACCUCCUCCUCCCCGCUGGUCACCUCAGCCCUGCCACACGCACUGAUGUCAGUGACAGCGACGUCGGCACUGACAACACCGCCCGCCCCACUGACGCGAGAACAGCUACAGCAGACCAUGCUACACCUCAUCAAGAACGACUCCAGCUUCCUGUCCACGGUGCACUCAGCUUACCUGGAGAGUUUCCACGCGGCCACUGGCAACAACAAGUCCUAGCUGGCUUUGUGCUGCUGUGGGAGCUGUCGCUGUCGCUGCUGCUGUCACUGUUGUUGCUGAUGUUCAUGUUGUUUUUGUGGUGGUCUUCAGUGGAGUGGUGCUACAACUGGCAUGGUUCAGUACCAGCAACAAUUACAACAUAGGAGCCCAUACCAACUUUCUAGUUCAACAACAUCAUCAUCAUCAUCAGCAGCAGCAGUAUGGAUCUAGGAGGAAGCUUGUCUUCUCCUUAGGCUGCUGCUGUUGUGGCUGAUGAUGUUGUGGUGGUCUUCGGUGAAGUGGUGCUACUGACGUAGUUCAAAUCAACAACAACAACAUAAUGAGGCCAUACCACCAACUUUCUAGUUCAACAUCAUCAUCAUCAGCAGCAGCAGCAGCAGCAGCAGUAUGGAUCUAGGAGGAAGCUUGUCUUCUCCCUAGGGUGUUGCUGUUAUUGAUGUUGUGGUGGUCAUCGGUGAAGUGGUGCUACUGGUGUAGUUCAGUAUCAGCAACAACAACAACAAUAACAUAGUGAGGCCAUACCACCACCUACCUUGUUCGGCAACCUCAUCAUCAUCAUCAUCAUCAUCAUCAUCAGUAUGUAUCUAGGAGGAAGCUUGUCUUCUCCCUAUGGUCUUGCUAUUGUGGCUGAUGAUGUUGUGGUGGUCAUCGGUGAAGUGGUGCUACUGGCGUAGUUCAGUAUCAGCAACAACAACAAUAACAUAGUGAGGCCAUACUGCAACUUUCUUAGUCCAACAA